AUGGCUCCUCAGUUCUUCAAGGCUCUGACCGUCGCUACGGCUCUCGGCGCCACUCUCGCGGCCGCUCUUCCGCUCCAGCAGAAGCCCACCGUCUGGCACACGACCACCACCGUCAUUGUCAAGACCAUCACCAAGACCGCUACCGUCACCGGCGCCCCAGGACCUGACUACACUGUCCCUCCAGCCUACACCACUCCUGUUGCUCCAACCGUUCCAAGCAACACUCCAGAGGAGCCCAAGUACACUCCGGUUCCUUCGGCCCCAGCCUCGUCUUCCAACACCUACAGUGCUCCUGCUGAGCCUACGUCGAGCUCUGCUCCUGCUCCUCCGCCACCACCACCAACCACCACCCCUACUCCUGCUCCGGAGCCAACGACCCCCACCACUCCUCCACCACCUCCACCAACUACCACUCCACCACCACCACCACCACCGGUCAGCACUCCUCCAGCUACCAAGCCACCAGUCAUCAGCGUUCCACCACUUGGUGGCGGCGGCAGCACCUACACCGGCCCCUGUGGCGCUGGAUCUCCAUGUCUCGGUGAAAUCACUUUCUACGACGGUGGUCUCGGUGCUUGCGGUACCAACAUCGACACUAACGGAGAGGAUGCCAUUGCUCUUCCAAUUGACCUCAUGGGACCUCUCAGCAACACCAACCCAUACUGUGGAAUGCAGGUCCAGAUCUCCUACAAGGGUAAGACCGCCACUGCUACCGUCAAGGACAAGUGUGCCGGAUGUACCGGAAACAACAUCGACAUGACCCGCUUCCUCUUCUACAAGUUCGGUGUUGAGGCUGACGGUCGUAUCCACGAUGUUGAAUGGCACUUCAUCUAA